AUGACUUCUCCGGGUGAUCAUGAAGCAUUUGAAAAUCAUCCGCACACACAUGAUGAAUUUAAAAAAACACCUAACAAACAUUUAUUGAAGAAAAUUGGGAAAUUAGAGGAUGAAAUUAAUAACUUGGACAAAACUCUUGAAAAUUUUGAAAAGGACAAAUAUUCUCUAUAUCGGGAAGAUCAAUCUGUGUUUGAGAAGCUGUCAAUAUUUCUUAAAGAACGGUUUAGGCUCGAGAAAUAUUACUCCUCUACAGAUUGGAAGUUAAAGUCGUAUCUUCAAGAUCUAUGUCCAUUUGAAUACUACCAUGAACGUCUCGAGUUAUGCAUGGAUAAGAGCAUUUUCAAUCGUCUAAAUGUGAACAAAGCUUGUAAAGAUGAGGUAUUAGAAAUGGAAAAUUGUGCAAGAUUAAGAGAACGGUUUGUUACUGAAUAUAAAAAGUGGGAGAAGGAUAAAGUACUUGAAAUGAGAGAAAAUGCGUUUUAUCCUGGAUCAGGAGUGACUAAGAAGCAAUACCAAAAGCAUAUGGAAACUGCUGAGAAACAAUACAACCUGCUUAUGGACAAGCUCGGCAAAGAUAUUUCACAAAAUCCGAACGAAUAG